AUGUCUGGUCGUUUUGUCCGUUCCUCCAAAUACCGUCACGUCUUCGGGCGGCCGACAAAGAAGGAACAAUGCUACGAUAAUCUUCGAGUCUCCGCGAAUGCCUUCGAUACGAACCUGGUCAAGGUCAACCCUCGCUAUCUGUCCGUAAACUGGGAAGCCGGUGGUGGUGGUGCUUUUGCUGUCAUUCCUCUCCAUGAGCGUGGCAAAUUGCCCGAGAGAAUCCCCCUAUUCCGCGGUCAUACCGCUGUGGUACUGGACACCGAUUGGAACCCUUUCAACGAUGAGUUGCUUGCAUCCGGUUCUGAUGACGGAAAGAUCUGUCUCUGGCGAGUACCUGAGAACUUCACUAUCCGGCCUGAUAUCGAGCCGGACCAAAUCCAAGAUGUUACCCCCGUGGGUAAGCUGAGUGGUCAUCCCAAAAAAGUCGGAUACACGACCUUCAACCCCGCUGCGGAGAACAUUUUGGCGACAGCCUCAGGCGACUUCACAGUGAAAAUCUGGGAUAUUGAGGCCGGUGCUGCCAAGUUGACCUUGAAGCUGGGCGACAUGGUGCAAUCGCAGUCGUGGAGCGCCAACGGUUCCCUCCUCACGACCACCUCGCGUGAUAAGAAGCUGCGGAUAUGGGAUACCCGCCAGGAACGCCCUGCAUAUGAGACACAAGGACACUCGGGGGCUAAGAACAGUCGUGUCGUGUGGCUGGGUGAGCGCGACCGGAUCGCGACCACCGGUUUCUCCAAGAUGAGUGACCGCCAGCUGGCACUGUGGGAUAUCCGUGCUCCUCGCGAGCCCAUCACCGGAUUUAAGACGCUGGACUCGAUAUCCGGUGUGUGCAUGCCGUUCUGGGAUGAGGGCACGCAAAUGUUGUACCUGGCCGGCAGAGGUGACGGAAACAUCCGAUACUUUGAGCUGGAGAACGACAAGUUUGAGUUCCUCUCUGAAUACAAAUCGGGUGAUCCUCAGCGUGGUAUUGCUUUUAUGCCCAAGCGUGGUGUCAACGCCCACGAAAACGAAGUCGCCCGAGCCUACAAGACUGUCAACGACAAUUAUAUCGAACCCAUCUCCUUCAUCGUCCCCCGUCGGUCAGAGAACUUCCAGGAUGACAUCUACCCCCCUACUGUUGGUCUUACCCCUGCCAUGGGUGCCGCAGACUGGCUCGCCGGCAAGGAGGCCCUUCCCCCCAAGAUCUCCAUGGCCAGCCUGUACGAAGGCGAGGGCCUGAAGGAGGUUACUGGUGUGGAAGACAAACCCACCACGACCGUUGGAUCGUCCGACGCCAAGCCGGAGCCCGAGCCUGAACCUCAGCCUAAGCCUACGCCACCAUCGCCCGUCAAGGCUCCUGAACCGGCUCCCGAGCCCACUCCUAUUGUGAAGCCGGCGCCAUCUAUGAAGGAGCAGGGUGCAUCCAUGGCCGCCAUGGUGAACAAGUUCGCCGACUCGGAAGAGGACCGCGAGCCAGUGAACGAGGACUCGAGCUUCGACGAAGUACCCAAGCCAGUUGAGCGUCCUUCUCGUUCUGCAACGGAGGUUGAAUCGCCGUCCGUCAAGUCCAGCCCAUGGCACCUGAAAGAGGAGCCUAAGUCGCGACAGUCUCCUGUCCAGACCCCCACCGCGGCAUCGACACCCGUCUCCGGAGAAUCAACCCUGACCGCUACCGCCACCGUCGCGGCUGAUACCGUGACACGCGAAAUCAGUGAGAUUAAAUCUCUGAUUGCGGCACAGACCAAGACCAUCGCAUCGCAGGCAGACCAGGUCCAAACAUUGACUGCGGAGAUUGAGUCCCUCAAGGCCAAGCUGGGCUAG